AUGUCGGUGAAUGAUAAUUUAUUUAACGAUCAGAAUAAUGAUAUGCUAGAUGCAAACGAUGAAGACGAAGAAAUGGAAGACACCGAGAACAAUAAUAACUUAUAUGGUGAAGAGGACGAGGAGGAAGAAAAUGAAGAAGAUGAUGAGAAUAAUGAAGACGACGAUGAAGAAGAUGAAGACGAUGAUGACGACGAUGAAGAUGAAGACGACGAUGACGACGACGAAAACGAAGAAGGUGACGAAGAUGAAGAGAGAGCCAAAUUCCUCGAUGCUCGUGAAUCAAAUGUCUCUGAGCUGCAAGAAGAUGCUAAUAAGGAUAAUGACCAUAUGAUAGUUGAUAAGUCUGAUUCUGCAAACGACGAGCAACGUCAGAAAGAAGCUGAUGCACAAGAUUCAUCAAAGACGAAAUCAGAACUAGACCAAGAAGAGGCGGAAGAGCAUGUAUCAAGAGAAACAAUAAGAGAAAACUCUAUAAUAAAAGCUAAGGAAUCGUCAGAAUUUGAUAUAAUACCUUCGGUAGCAAUUCCUUACACGUCGGAAUGUCAUGCAUUAGCAUUUACUGAUGGUCCAAAAUGGAUUUUAACUGGUGGAGAAGAUGGUUUUAUUAGAAAAUACGACUUUAUUGCAUCUAUAGAGGGGAAGUCUCCAUUAACGAUGGCCCAAAGACACAAUUUAGUUGAUUCUAUAACAAAAGCCGGUGUAAUUUCGUCGUACUGGGAAAAUGAACAACCAUUAACUAAAAAGCAGUUGAUGGAGACUAACCCUAAAUUAAAGAUAAGCGAUUUUAGUACAGGGUCUGUGAGCUAUGAACCAAAGGUGAAUCCAGUGUAUUCAUUAGAUGUGGAAAGAAAUGGUUAUUGGUGCCUUUCAGGACUAUCAUCUGGUGGUAUCUCGUUAUAUACUAUGAGAUACAAUGAAGGGAAUAUCCAUCACUACUUUAACCAUUCUCCUAAAAAACAAAGUGCUGCCUUGGAUAAUGGGCACAAUGAUGCGGUAUCUGUAUUAAAGUUGAACUCGGAACAAAAAAAGUUCUUGUCAGGAUCUUGGGAUAAAUCAAUUCGAGAAUGGGAUUUAAAUACAGGGAAAUGUGUUAACUUAUUCACUGGAAGCUCUGGGCAAAUUUCCAAUAUUCAAUACAGACCAGAAGGCUUGGCUGACUUCUCAUUGUCGUAUGAGGAUUCGGAUAUCAAAAUUGUCGACCAAGACAUAAAACCAGAAAGUGAUAUCGAUUCAUUAUUCGGUGAUAGUGAUAAUGAAAAUAAUGAAGAGCGAAAGAACUUUGAAUCUCAAGACAAACCUAAUUCAUCAAAAAUAACAACUAAUGAUUUCAAAGCAACAAAUAAAACAUUUAGUAAUGAUUCAAUAUUCAUGAGUUCAAGUAUUGACGGUACUAUUAAUCUUUGGGAUGUUAGAGUCUCAAACACAACUAGUAGUCCAGUAUUAAGGUUCGGGGUCUCCGAUGGUAUUCCUCCUUGGUGUAUGUCGUCUACAUGGUCGAAUUGUGGUGAAUAUAUCUAUGCUGGAAGAAGAAACAGUACAGUGGAAGAAUUUUCAAUUAAAAUGCCGCAUAAAAGAUCCAAGUCAGGCCAUAAUAAAGAUACUAUGGUUCCAAAUGUACUGAAGUUGUUGCAAUUUCCUAAAAUCUCUGGCCCGGUUAGCGCCAUAUCUACACUUCCGAAUAAUGAUUUCAUAUUAUGUGGGUCGAACGAUAAUAUCAGAUUAUAUAAUUUGAAUCUCUACAAUGAUUUGUCAAAAACUUCCAGCACGACCAACAAAAAACCAGCGACACCUUUCAUGAUUAUACCAGGCCAUCAUGGUGGUAUAUUAAGCGCGUUGUACGUGGACGAGACGGGUAGGUUUAUGGUGAGUGCUAGUGGUAAUAGAGGUUGGGGUCAUGCAAAUUUUACAGAAUCUGUAUUAAUUUAUGAAAUCGAAUUUGAAAACGAUAAUUAG